AUGGAGAAUGACCGAGAUUUUGCUCUUCCCGAUGGUGCCGAGGGCAAUGCUGACUCAACCUUUGCCCAGUACAACACGCUAAGCACACUGAGCUUUUGGCUGAGAGAUAACAGGGUGAUAGAGAAUACACUCCGACUGAUUGCUUUUCCUUGGACUCUCUUGGAUACUGCUUUGGAAUGGUGCUAUGAUCUGACACCCGAUUCCAUCCACACCUGGGAACAGUUGGAAGUGCAGUUUAUGUCAAAAAUUUUCCCACCUCACCGCACUCAAGCAGCUCUUUCUGGCAUUCAUUCAUUCAAGCAGGAUCAUGGGGAAAGCCUUUAUAAAGCUUGGAGGAGGUACAAAGGAUAUCAGAAGUCUUGCCCUCAUCACGGGCUUGACAAGAACUACUUGAUCAACACCUUCUUCCGGGGACUCAGAAUGGAUACCAAGACUUUGAUCCGAGCUUCGUGUGGUGGGAGCAUCCAGAACAAGUCAUUCGCUGAGCUAGAAGAUCAUAUUGAGAUGAUGGCCCAAGAAGAAGACGCCCCGAGCGAGUACUCUAGAGAUCCGCCAAGGGAAUGCAAUGAUCAGACCAUACAGAUGGUUCUUGAACAAUUGGCUGUCCUAAAUGCUAAGCUCGAAGAUUCCAACCGACACUCUAGGACCAAGCAUUUGAUGCCAACACAAGAGGAGCUUGGUAUGUACGCGUUGGAUGAGAGAGUCGAAGGUGUAAACUACGUGGCCAAUAACGCCUACUCGAACACGUACAAUCCAGGGUGGAAGAAUCAUCCCAAUCUCUCCUACAAGUCAAACAAUGUGGAGAAUCCCGUGCCGAACAACUUCAGAGCAUCCGACAACUCGAACCAGAGGAUUCCUCCCAGUUUUGCUUUUCAGUCUAGGGGUCCUAAUCAGACAUCCAACUACAGAGCUCCGGGGCAAUCCUAUAUUAAUUCCACACCUCCAGGUAAUCCUGAAUCCAACCCUGAUAUGCACACUUUGCUUAUACAGUUUAUACAGAAUCAGGAAAAGACAAAUCAGGAAUUUCGAGCUCAGUUCGCAAGCAUCGAUGCUCACUUCAAGAUCAUAGACAACCAUAUCGCUCAGCUAGCAUCAGCCUCUCAAAGACCAUCCGGAUCUCUUCCAGGUAAGCCUGAGACUAACCCCCGUGAACAUGUCAAUGCGAUUACUUUGAGAAGUGGUAAGCAGGUAGACGUUGAAGACCGACCGAUGGUUGAGCGAGGAAAAAGCUCGAAGACUGCAGUUGUAGACAUCCACGAUGAUGAACCUGAACCGGCUUACUUGCCUCCUCCUCAUAAGUCACCAGCAGUACCAUUUCCAUCUCGCUUGAGGAAGCAUAACGAAGACAGCCAAUUCGCAAAGUUUGUUGAGAUGCCGAAGAAACUCGAGCUUCCACUUAAGCAGUCCGAUCCAGGUAGUUUCUCAAUCCCUUGUAAAUUGGGUAAUGUUUCCAUCGAUCGUGCAUUCUGUGAUCUAGGAGCCGACGUUAGUCUUCUUCCAUUAUCGAUCUUCAAGAAGCUGAAUGUGGAUGAGCUAAAACCCACUAGAAUGACUCUUCAACUAGCUGAUCGUUCCAUUAAAUGCCCUGCUGGGAUACUUGAGGAUGCGCCACUGAAAGUUGGGAACUUCUAUAUCCCGGUUGACUUCGUGGUUCUCGACAUGGACGAAGACUCUAAGGUUGGCGAAAGAUCGAUAAUAUUCGCCUCUUAG